GGCACGCGUGGCGCCGAGUGUCCAGAGGACAGCGUCCGAGAGGAGAGCGGCGAGUGCAAAUGCGCGGCCAUCGACUGUCCAUCGGUCGAAUGCCAGGGGGGUCAACGUCCGAUCCAGGUGAAGCCAGCAGACCCUGAAACGCCGGGUAGCUGUUGCGCCCGUUAUGAGUGCAUGCCCGCAGACCCUCGAGGAUCGUCGGAGCCGUGUCCCGAGAACAGCGUGCUGACCGAGGAUGGAAAAUGCGAGUGCGCGCCCUGCCCACCGGUCAACUGCCAACCUGGACACCGUUCUGUUCAAGUGACCGCUGCUCUCGAUCGCGAGACGCCUGGUAGCUGUUGUCCUCUCUACGAGUGUAGACCGGCUGAAUCCGUCUCUUGGGUGAAAGUGACAACCGAGAUGGACAAAUCGACAGACGUUUGCGUGCACGAAGGCGAAGCAAGAAAACUGGGCGAACGAUGGCAGCAAUCGGAUUGCGUCCACUGCGUUUGCCAGGAGAAUAGGGUGGUGUCCUGUCAGGCACCGAUGUGCAAGUCCUGCGACAAUGCGAUUCCCCCCCAUCCUGGCGAGUGCUGCCCUCAUUGUCCACCGCUUACGAACAAGACGCAUCACGAGUUCGAAUUAUCCUGUCCGAAUUCCUUGGAAGGUUGCGAGUUAGUGUGCCAGCGUGGUUACGCCACGGACGAAAAUAAUUGUCCCGUGUGCGAAUGCGAUGUAUAUGAGGACGCCGAAAUGGCGACAACGGAACAUUCGACUAUCGACGUUGGAUCUACCAACGACAAGAUUUGCCCUAAACUACCAGCACGUUGCGAGUCGAACUGCGAAAUUGCGAGAGACGAGAAUGGCUGCUCGGUGUGCGCCUGUCGAACUAUAGAGCAAUCUACCACCACCCUUGACACUCCGUCGAUAGACGAUUCCUCCGGCAAGAAGAUUUGCCCCGAAGUAAAGUGCGACCUGCACUGCGAACGUGGACUGGUCAUGGACGAGAACGACUGCACGUUUUGCAAGUGUCGGGAGGAACCAGAUUCGUCGAGUUGUCCGCCUCUGCUCGGAUGCAGAAAACGAUGCGCCUUUGGCUACAAGACGAAUAAACGCGGUUGUCCGGUGAAUAAACGUCUCUUUUUAUUAGUAUCCCCGAUAUGGCUCGAAUCGAUGUGUCGCUGUCGUGCCUCUUGCACCGAUUACCUCAACGGAACGCAUCCGGAAGGAUCGACUUGGCAUCCGAACUCGUGCACCUCGUGCACUUGCGAAGCCGGCGGGAAGCUCAGCUGCAAGGAAACCGUCUGCUCAGUAGCUUGCAACGACCCUCUACCUCCGCAACCGGGAAUCUGCUGUCCGGUCUGUCCAAUUACGCAACCGAAGGAAAAUGAAGCGACCACUGGUUACCAUUCAGGAGGCAAAGGCUGGGGCACAGUGCCCAUCACGUUGAUCGCGAUUCUGGCGUUGCUUUGCCUACUGUUGAUCGUGCACAUGGUUCGCGGCCGAUUUCGGGCUCGUCUCUCGCCGUCGGAGACCUCUUACUCCACCUAUCCGCCGCAGUACUACAAAUGCGUGCCGGCGUACGACACGCCAGUCCAUCGAAACGAGAAAAUCGUACCUUUG